AUGGCCGACAUCAAUCUGCAAGAGAUCCAGGACCUCCUCAUCAGUGUCGCCCACGAAGCAGGCCGUAUGAUGCUAACUGCAACACCCUCCCACCUCGACUCUGGCACAAAAAAGAAUUCCGCCGACCUCGUAACAGAAACCGACCGCGCGGUCGAGAAAAUGGUCUCAACCCGUCUCCUGACCCCGUACCCCACAUUCUCCUUCAUCGGCGAAGAAACCUACGUCCCCGGCAAAACACACCUCACUACGGCGCCAACGUUCAUCGUAGACCCCGUGGACGGCACCACGAACUUCGUGCACGCAUUCCCUGCAUUCUGCAUCUCGCUGGGCUUCACCAUCGACAAAGUACCUACCAUCGGCGUAAUAUACAACCCAUUCCUAGAUGAACUAUACACGGGAAUCAAAGGGCAAGGGGCGUUUCUUACAAGGAAUGGUGGGGAGAAGGAACGUUUGCCAUUACGGAAGGAGCCAGAGCCGUUGGUGGACUUGAGUACGUGCUUGAUUGGAGCGGAAUGGGGGAGUGAUCGGAGUGGGGACAACUUUGAGCUGAAAUGCAAAGUCUUCAGGAAGCUUGCUGCGACCAAAGAGAAUGGUGGCGCCAUGGUACAUAGCUUGCGUUGCAUGGGCAGUGCCGCGCUGAAUAUAGCCUAUGUUGCUGCUGGACAGCAGGAUGUGUUUUGGGAGGGUGGUUGUUGGGCGUGGGAUGUUGCUGCGGGGUGGUGUAUUCUGAUCGAGGCUGGUGGGAUCAUGGCGAGUGGGAAUCCAGGGGAUUGGGAGCCCGAGGUUGAUGGGAGGAAGUAUUUGGCUGUUAGGGGGGCGCCAAAGGGGCAAAAGCAGAUUGUGGAAGAGAUGUGGGGGGUUAUCGGGGAUGGAAGAAUGGACUACCAAAGCUAA